AUGAGCGUACCUCACAUGAAGCCCGACGAGGAUGAGGACACAAUCUUAUACGAUGCCCUGUUACAGGAAUUACCAAGACAGCCUCCGAGUGGCGGCGGUACCACGACGAACGCCAAUUUUGGAUAUGACAUCCAGCAUUCUCAAGGCUACGGGUACCCGCCCGAGAGUGAUUGGAGUGGGAGCGCGAUGGUACACAACCCAUCAGAUUCAUCCAGCAUAUUUACCCAGCAAUACAAUAUGAAUCCCGUCGAAUACGGAGUUCCAUCUGCGCAUUAUGGAGACCACCACGCUGGUGCAGCUACAUCGCUUAAUCCCGGAUAUGAUUCUUCGUAUGAAAGCGGACACAACCUCGCUUCUUUUGCAGCACAAGAGUAUACUUAUAAUCAGAUCCGAAAUUGGUGCAGCAUUGCAGACCCUUCGAAUCUCGUGGCCGAUCAACAGGCGUCCAAUGCCUAUUUAUCACCAUAUCCUGCGCAAGGAUCUGGGGAAGUAAAAGUAUCACAGCAGGAGAUCACGCCCGACGACCGCGGUAUGUCAUUCAAAAGAAGCGUAGUACACCAGACGAGAGAUCGUUUCGGCAGAUUAUAUGAUCUGCUCGUUAAGAAACAGGGUGUUGAUCCGUCAUGCUGGCCCACGAACACGACGAUUCAAAUGACAAAGUACGAUAAAGGUGUGAUUUUUGGUGGGGAUAGCAACAAACCAUGGACGGAAUUGAUAGAUCACCAUAAGGUCAAACUUGAGACUGGAGAGGACGAGAGCAAGGUCGUUAUCAAAUGCAAUGACCCAGAAGGCGUAUUGGUGUAUACCUUGAUGAACGAUACUUCGGGCAUCUUCGAACAUUACAACAAGUCAAUCGCGAACAUCACGUCGGUUUCUCUUGAUGAACUUGCGCAAGGAGGCUAUCUGCCGGUAAUAGCUUGUCAGAGUGCUACAUCGGUCUCAGACCGAAUUGGCAAAACCAAGAAUGAGAUCUCAGCUCAAUCUCGUUCGUAUUUUCCAAAAGCUGAGGAUAUUCACAAUAACGUAGCAACUGAAUAUUCGACUAGUAAAGCUUAUCCUUAUUGUACAGAAUGCGGCGAUUAUUCCAGGUUUCUCAAUGCUGGUCAUAAAGCGAAAGCUUAUCAGCCAAAAGCUUGA